CUGUGAGCUCUGCCACACUGCCUUCAUCCAGCACAGGAGGAAGAGCAAAGGCAGAGCCUGCCAGAGAAGCUGAGAUCUGCCGAGGGUAAGGCUGCAUCUCGCAGUCCCAGCCUUGAGGUGCUUUUUGCUGCUUUUACUCCCUCAUUCAGAUCAUCCCAGAUAAUACCCUAACAAGCUACAAGAAUGGAUGUCUUUAAGAAAGGUUUCUCCAUUGCUAAAGAAGGUGUGGUGGCUGCUGCAGAAAAGACCAAGCAGGGAGUGACAGAGGCUGCAGAGAAGACCAAAGAAGGGGUAAUGUAUGUAGGCAGCAAGACCAAGGAGGGUGUAGUGCAAAGUGUGACCUCAGUUGCUGAGAAGACCAAAGAGCAGGCCAACGUGGUGGGAGAAGCUGUAGUAGCCAGCGUGAACACAGUGGCAAACAAGACUGUAGAAGGAGCAGAGACCAUUGUGGCCACUACAGGAGUUGUAAAAAAGGAGGACCUGGCAGCGCCGCAGCCGCCCGAGCAGCCCAGGCUGGAGGGAGAGGGGGCCCCGGCAGGCACUGCAGGAGAGGGUGAAAUUGAAGGUGAUUCAUCAAGUUAGGGAAUUCUUGCUCAAAAGAGACCAUUCCAAGAGCAUACAUGGAAGCAUUAGCUGACACCACAACAGGAAAAUCCCAAUGUCCAUAGACUAACUACAUUCAGCUCUGUAGUCUUGCACUUGCCUCAAAAACCAGUCAUACAAUAUAUGUAAGCCAGACUCCUCUAAUUGUAAGUAACAUGCAGGUGUGUACUGGGCUGUGUCUUUCCCAACCUCCCUCCUGGCCUCCCAGUUGCUUUGUAUAUUUUUGUUGGACUCACGAAUCUGUGUCUUGCAUCCAUAUGCACUGGCACUUGGGAACUCUAGGCAUUGUGGAAUUUUUUUUUAAGUAAUAAAAAGUGUUUGAACAAGU